AUGGCCCUCAGUGACCCAAGUGGCGACCUUCUAGCCCUCAGCAGCGGAGGCCACCAGCCUCUGACUAUGAAUGGAAAUGCCUCUUCAAGUCCUGGUGCACCAGUCAGCAGCAGUGGUCAGCAGUGGUCAGUGACAUCAUGCUCCGGUAGCAACCUCUUCACAGCUGAGGGAGAUGAUGGUGCUUCUGUGUUGAGUGAGGCAUCAGCACAGCAGCAGAGAGCAAACGGCAGCAUGGUCAAACUGAAUGGUCCGCUGAAGAAUCUCUCCCCAUCGGCAGCUUCCUCUUCAGACUCCCACAGACUCACCAGGCAUCACUUUCCCUCCACCCCAUCCCCGUCUUCGCCUCUCCAGCCUCCACCCCUAUGCUGCCAGCACUGCCACUUCCACUCCAGUCUUAGCUGCCCCUGUGGGCAGCAGGAGUGUCCCCUCUUCCUGAGUCCUGGCCCCGUCUCCCACCUGCAGACAGGCACUGCCUCUUCCUGCCCAUUCUGCUUAUCUGCCUGCACAUACUCUCAUCAGCAUCCCCUACACCCGUCCUCACCUCUACCUGUACAUCACCACCCUCAGCAACACUGGCAAGAAAACCUAAAGAGUCAGACACACGAACCAGGGCUCAGCCCCGCAAGGCCCUUUCAAUUCCCCAAAAGUUAUGCUGCGCUGAUAGCUGAUUGGCCAGUGGUUGUACUUGGCGUGUGCACAGUACUCAUUGUGGUUUGUGCCCUUGUGGGCAUCCUGGUGCCUGACCUGCCUGAUUUCUCUGACCCGCUGCUGGGUUUUGAGCCAAGGGGAACUGCAAUUGGUCAGCGACUGGUCACAUGGAAUAAUAUGGUGAAGAACACAGGCUAUAAAGCCACACUGGCCAACUACCCAUUCAAAUACGCUGAUGAACAGGCCAAAAAUCACCAAGAACCUAACCGAGAAAAGCGGCAUGCAGAGUGGGACUUCAGCAAAGAGUUCUUUUGUGAUGUGCCAGGUGACAGUUACUCUAGGCUUGUGUUCACAUCAGCUGAAGGAAAAAAUAUGUGGAAUAUACACACCAUCAAAUCAAUGUGCAGUCAAGACAAUGUGCGCUCCCACCGAGACUACUGGAGUCUCUGUCAACGCACCAAUGAUGCCUCCUGCUGCCCAAGCUGGACACUUGGUAACUACAUUGCUGUUCUCACUAACCAGUCGUCCUGUCAAAAAAUCACAGAACGGGAUGUUUCUCACACACUGAAAAUCCUGCGCUCAUGUGCUAAGUACUACCAUAAUGGCACGCUGGGACCUGACUGCUGGGACAUGACCCUGCGACGAAAAGAUCAGCUCAAGUGUGGUGGCGUGCCCCGCAAGUGCACCAGGUACAAUGCUGUGUACCAGAUCCUUCAUUAUCUGGUGGACAAAGACUUUCUCAGUCCCAAAAGCCUGGAGCAUCCCCCACCAGUGCUGAAGUACAGCAUGCUCUUCUCUCCCACAGAGAAAGGAGAGUCCAUGAUGAACAUUUAUUUGGACAAUUUUGAGAAAUGGAAUUCCUCAGAUGGCAUCACCACAGUUACAGGGAUUGAGUUUGGCAUCAAGCAUGAUCUUUUUCAGGAUUACCUUCUCACUGACACCGUGUACCCAGCCAUAGCCAUUGUGAUCGUGCUGGUGGUCAUGUGUGUCUACACACGGUCCAUUUUCAUCACUCUAAUGACAAUAAUCGCCAUCAUCAGCUCACUCAUUGUAUCAUACUUUCUUUAUCGAAUGGUUUUCAAUUUUGAGUUCUUUCCUUUCAUGAACCUCACAGCCCUCAUAAUCCUUGUAGGUAUAGGUGCCGAUGAUGCCUUUGUGCUGUGUGAUGUCUGGAUUUAUACCAAGUACGAUAAACCACACGCCAAUCUGGCAGAAACGGUCAGCAUGACCCUGCGGCAUGCAGCCCUCUCUAUGUUCGUCACCAGCUUCACCACUGCCGCAGCUUUUUAUGCCAAUUAUGUCAGCAACAUCACGGCCAUACGCUGCUUCGGAGUCUAUGCCGGCACGGCCAUUUUGGUUAACUAUAUUCUAAUGGUAACGUGGCUGCCUGCUGUGGUGGUGCUACAUGAGCGCUACCUACCCAAUGUGUUCACUUGCCCCAAGCCUCCGCACCAGCAAGGCUUCUGCACUCAGAUGUUCUGGGCCGGUCUUUGCCAGAAGGCCAGUAAAUGCCUUUUCACAGUCUCUGAGGCAUCAAGGAUCUUCUUCGAGAAGGUGCUGCCCUGUAUCGUUAUCAAGCUGCGCUACCUCUGGCUCCUCUGGUUCCUCGCCAUCACAGUUGGUGGGGCUUAUGUAGUUUGUAUAAACCCAAAGAUGAAGCUUCCAUCGCUGGAGCUGGCAGAGUUCCAGGUGUUCCGAUCCUCUCAUCCUUUUGAGCGUUAUGAUGCAGAGUACAAAAAACUGUUCAUGUUUGAGAGAGUGCAUCAUGGUGAGGACCUUCACAUGCCUAUAACAAUCAUCUGGGGGGUUACUCCUGUUGACAAUGGAGACCCCCUGAAUCCCAAAAACAAGGGAAAGUUGAUGUUGGAUACAACCUUCAACAUAGCCAGCCCAGCAUCACAAAUCUGGAUCCUCAACUUCUGCCAGAAGCUGCGGAACCAGAGUUUUGUCUUUCAAUCAGAUGAGCAGGACUUCACAAGCUGCUUCAUUGAGACUUUUAAACAGUGGAUGGAAAACCAGGACUGUGAGGAGGCCUCCAUUUACCCCUGCUGCAGCCAGUCUACUUUCCCAUAUAAACAAGAAGUGUUUGAGCUGUGCAUCAAGAGAGCUAUUAUGGAGCUGGAUCGAAGCACAAGCUAUCAUCUGGACAGCAAGACCCCAGGGCCUCGAUUUGACAUCAAUGACACCAUCAGAGCUAUAGUGUUAGAGUUCCAGAGUACAUUCCUCUUCACACUGGCCUAUGAGAAGAUGUUUCAUUUCUACCGUGAGGUGGAUGCCUGGAUCACGGAGGAGCUGCGCUAUGCCCCUGCAGGGCUCAGCCAUGGCUGGUUUGUCAGUAACCUGGAGUUCUAUGACCUCCAGGACAGCCUCUCCGACGGCACCCUGAUUGCCAUGGCAUUAUCCGUUGCCGUUGCUUUCAGCGUAAUGCUGCUAACCACCUGGAAUAUCAUCAUCAGCCUGUACGCCAUCCUGUCAAUCGCUGGGACCAUAUUUGUGACAGUCGGCUCACUGGUGCUUCUUGGGUGGGAGCUGAACGUCUUGGAGUCCGUUACCAUAUCUGUUGCGGUGGGACUGUCGGUUGACUUUGCCGUACACUAUGGCGUAGCCUACAGACUUGCUCCAGAACCCGACCGCGAGGGGAAGGUAAUUUUUUCCCUCAGCCGGAUGGGGUCUGCCAUUGCAAUGGCGGCAGUAACCACGUUUGUUGCUGGGGCGAUGAUGAUGCCAUCAACCGUUCUCGCCUACACACAGCUGGGCACCUUUAUGAUGCUUAUCAUGUGCAUUAGCUGGGCCUUUGCAACUUUCUUCUUUCAGUGCAUGUGCCGCUGCCUUGGGCCACAAGGUACCUGUGGUCAGAUACCCCUGCCCAAAAAUUUGAAGUGUCAGGCCCUCAGCAAAGCCACAUCCACAAGCCCACCAUAUCAGAGCAAGCAGCUGGACGCCCAGAGCGGGGAAGCCGAGCACUAUGAGCUCGAACCAUUGGCACUUAGUCAAAAAGCUGAUGAUAAACCCUUAGAGGAGCACGAGAUGUGCACUCAGCUCUAUGAUGGCAUUGGUCCUCACCGCCACACUGCACCUUUUUCACACAUCCACUACAGGGGUGAUGAGAAUGGGCAUGUCGGUACAAUUUGUGCACCAUCCAGGUGUCAGUUCUCUCAAAACAGCACCUGUACAUGUGGGGAUCUUACUCCUCACCUGCUUCAGCAGAGGACCCCCUACUCCUGUGUUCAGCCUCCCUGCGACUCUUGUCCUGGUCCUCCCACCCCACAGCUCUUCCCCCUUGCAGGAAACAGCCCAAGCAAACAAAAAACAGCCAUGGUACCUCCAAAUCUAGACUCAGUCUGUCCUCACAUGGAGUGUCGUAUGCAUUAUGACCAUUGCCCCCUCACACAUUCCCAUCACUGCUCCCAAGGAAGAGCAUUGUCUCCCAGGCAUGGACGUGCUCACGCCUGCCAUCUCAGGAAGUUUUAUACCCAGUCAGCAAACGUGCACUCUGGUUCAGUAGGAAGGCAGAGGUGUACAACACCAGCCUCAAAGCAGGACUCAGGUGCAGCUACAACAGAGUCUGAUUUUCUUCCAGAAGAAAACAUCCAUCGACAUGAAACAAGUAUAUCAGGUCCUAAAUACUGCCAAAAUAUGAGCAGUGGGGCCCCAACACAACCCCAUACUUGUUGCCCCCUGUUUGUAGCCUGUCAGGAAAGACAGAGGAUGAAGGACUGUGAUCCCUUCUGUGGGGAAAAUCCUGCUUCUGGCACAAUCACUGAAACAGAGCAGCAUGGAAACAUAUGUCAUAAAGUCCCUGGAAACCAGGAGAAGCCUGAAAGUAUUCCCGUCACACGGGAGGACAGAGUCAAAAAGUGCGAGCAGAACACGAAAAGAGAGCGAGCGUCCUCUGCCUCUUCAAAGAAACUUUACUGCUUUACCAGUACAUUGAAAGUGAAGUGCAAUUCAACCUCAGAGUUUAAUGUGUCAAAUAAUGAAACUGGCAUGCCUUCAAUCCUAGCAAACACUAAUCCUUCCUCGGAAACCGUAUGCUGAGGAUAAACAGUUUUUUAAAUAAAGGAUCUAUCUAGAACAAAUGGUAUAUGGCCAAAACAUAUAAUGUCUGCACACAGUCAUAUAAAAUUGUGUUUUUUUAAAAAUAUCCUUUUUUAUCACACAAAAAAGCACAACUGUGAAUAUUUUUAUUUUUUACUUAAAAGUUCUUCAUAUAUCAGUUGUUUUUUAUUUUAUUUUCUACAGACACACCUGACAACAACUGUUGGCGUAAGAAAUGAGUCUUUUCUAUAAAAAAAAAAAACUUUCUACAAAGAUACCCUUCUGUUUUUUCCUCACCUCAAUGUUGAAUAAUCCCAAAUGGCAGUUUGCAUUGCAGUGUCUAAACUUUUUUGUACCUUACUGACAGCAUGCCACAUAUCACAAACUCACUUGAAAAUAUGAAUAAAGUUUUUAAAAAUUCUCCCUGCUACUUUUUUGAUUCAUGGGAACUGCUGAUCUUUGUUGUCACAUUUCUCUGAUUGAAGCUGCAGUAUGUGAUUGAAAAGUUUACUUAUAUCACUGAAAUAACUUAAUUCCUAUACCUGUACCUUCAUAUAGCUUUUAGCACUAACUAUUAAAUAUGGUCAGAGGAUGGCGCCUAGUUUUAAAUCAGGCUUGCCUCAGUGCUCGCACAAACUUGAUUUACACAAAAAUAACCAUGAUAUUUUAUCAGCAUUUGUAUGACUGAGUUUCUUUAGUUAAAGGCCCGACUAAACAUCCACUAACAGCAUUUUCACUCAUGAUUUAUAAAGAUUAAGAAUCACAACUCGGGUAGUUCUGAUUUUGUGAUGACUCAUUGUUAAAUCAUCCGUCUGAUAUAUGGAUAGGAAAAAUUCAUUACGUUACACCAUUACAUCAAGUGACAGAGGUGCUUUACACCUAUGAAGUAGGCUUACAGUGUUAAUUUAGGGAGGCAACACUCUAGCAAAGGUCACUAAGAAAGCAACAACGCUACUAUCAGUAGUAAUUUCACAUGUCAAACAAAUACAUAUUUUGAAUGAGCAAUGCUCUCUUAAUGUGAGCAGGACAACACUGGCACAGAAUCUGCUGACUGUUUGCCUCUGAAAAUGAACUAUUUAUGGUGAUGGAUGGUUUGCCCCUGGUCUGUAAACUUAUUUGAGAGAAUACGUUGAAAUAUAUAUAUUCAGCAGGUUGGUGGUAACUCCAAACCUAAAGAAUGCUGGAUGUGGUAAGUUUAUUUCACAGUAGCUUUUUAGGGAUACUUGUCAGUUUGGUGUUCAAAGCUCAUGUGUAAUAUCACAGUGUGUAUGGAAAUAUUUGUAUGAAAGUAAUGCUGAUGGAUUAAAUGAAACUUAUUUGACCAAUAAAGACUAAAUCCAUUGGU